UACGAAUGCAUGCGCAGAUAUGCAUUCCGGUGUGUAGGCCUACUUCCGGAUUGAAAAACUACGCUUGUCUCGUCUUAGUUUGGAGAUUCUACCGAAUAUUGCAAGAUGCCUGAACGAGAUUCAGAAGUGUUUUCCAACCCUCUUCCACCAACAGACUUCCGCAUAGAUGAUGAAGAUGAUGAAGGUCAUCCUCUUACAAAUGACGAUUUUAGGAAAAUGCUCAUGACCCCAAGGGCUCCCACAGGGUCAAUACCACAUAGUAGCAGUAGUAGCACCAACAGCAGUGCAAGAGUACCUAAAAUUCCAUUACCGACUAGACCAGAGGAAGAUGAUGAUGAUCCAGCAACAAAACGACGGAAAAAGAAAAGUUACUAUGCAAAGCUCAAGCGAUUGGAAGAAGAACGACAGAAAGAACUGGAGGAAAAAUACAGAGAUCGGGCAAGAGAGAGACGAGAUGGACUUAAUCGGGACUACGCAGAGACUGAGAUUAUCAGUACUACAGCCGAUUAUCGAGCUGUGGCACCAGAUGCAAAGGCCGGUGAGAACUAUGCAGAGAGAAGAAAACAGCUGAUUCAGGAAUCCAAAUACCUGGGAGGUGACAUGGAACACACCCAUUUGGUGAAAGGCUUGGAUUUUGCCUUGUUGGAAAAGGUGAGGGCGGAGAUUCACAGUAAGGAACGCGAGGAUGAAGAAGUGAUGGAAAUGAUUGUAUCUCAGCCUCAGAGUGCAUCACAAGCUCCAGCUCAACCCCAAAGCCAAGCCCCUGGUCAGGCCCCAGCCCCAGGCCAAACCACUGGCUCUGUACCAGCUGCCCUAGUAACCCCAGCACCCAAAAAAGAAGAAAAAGAGGAUCCAGAAACAUUAAUACAAUUCAAGACAAAGAUGGGAAGAAAUAUUUACCGAAUAUUGUUCAAGAACAGACUACCAGAGAGGAAUGAAUUGUUUUUGCCCCGACGCAUGGCAUAUGUUGUAGAUUUGGAGGAUGAAUAUGCAGAUUUGGAUGUUCCCACGACAACCAUCAGAAGCAAGGCUGACUGCCCUAGUUUAGAGGCCACAACAACCUUGACCACGAACGAUAUUGUCAUCAACAAGCUCACACAGAUUCUGUCCUACCUCCGACAAGGCCGCAGGGAAAGCAAGAAACUCAAGAAGAAGGAGAAAGGUAAAUUGAAGGAUGAAGAAAAACCAAAGGAGAAAUUACCUGGGGCCGAUGACAAUAUUUAUGCUGAUGCUGGUGACUACAUGCCAAGUGUUUCAAAGUCUAAGGACAGGAAAGACAGACGAGAUCGAGGUCGAGAGGAUGAACGUGAAAGCCGAAGAGAUCGUGAAUAUCGUGAUCGUGAUAGAGACAGGGAUAGGGAGCGUAAUCGUGACCGCGACCAGGGGCGUGACCAGGGGAGAGACCGUGACAGAGAUCGACGAGAUAGAGACAGGGGUGAUAGAGAAAGGGAUCGUGACCGUGGACGAGAUCGUGACAGGGAGUCUCACCGUGAACGUGAUGCACACAGAGGAGAAAGAGAGGAGAGGAAGAAAAAAUCAUACUUUGAGAAGCCAUCCGAGGAGGAUGAGGAAAAAGUUAUCCCACAAACAGCAACAGAGAUGGUUAAAACAAUUAAUGAUAGGUUCAAGAGCUAUGCUGAAAUAGAAGAGGAGAAAGCAUCGGCUGAGGCUAAGAAGGCCGAGUCAUGGAUGAAGAAGCUAAAGGCCAAAGUUGGAGUGGACAGUUAUGCAGAGUGUUAUCCUGGGAUGGAGGAAGCUGCGGAUGCGUUUGGUGACUCUGAUGAUGAGGUCGACUACAGUAAAAUGGACCAAGGAAACAAGAAGGGACCCAUUGGACGAUGGGACUUUGACACCCAGGAAGAGUAUAGUGACUACAUGGCCAACAAAGAGGCCCUUCCUAAGGCGGCUUUCCAGUAUGGAGUUAAAAUGGCUGAUGGUCGAAAGACCAGGCGAGCCGGACCCAAGGAUGAGAAGGCUGAGUUAGAUAGACAAUGGCAGAAAAUCCAGAAUAUUUUACAAAAACGAAAAACAGGGGAAGCCGGGCAUGAUGUAGAACACAAGAAGAAGAAGCACUGAGAUUUAUAUGUAUUGUGAUAUUUCAACACAAGAAAAAGAAAAUUGACAACUAAGUGGAAAACUGUUGUACUUCAGUAUCAAAUCACUGGGAAAAUGUGGUGAUACUAAUGAUCGUGUGGGACCUACAUAAUCCAAAGUUUUAAUGAGGAAUGAUCAAUAAUUUUGAAGACACAGCUUCCUUUUAUUUUGAUUGGUGGAUAAAAGUGUGGUUUAUAAAGAUAAUCCAUUAUAAGUAUGGAAAAUAACUCAUGUAUUGAAACAUGGAAAUUUCAUGAUCAUUGAAAAGAAAAUCUGUAACAAUUAGUUUAUGUCAAAUUUGAACUUUUACAUAUAACGAAAUAUCCUUUUGGUACAAGGUUUUCAGUCAGAAAGUAAUUCUUGAUUGGUGAUUAUUUGUAUUGUGUUGGUGACAAUAAAAGCUAAUAUACACAAGUUUUCAUCUUCAAAAUAAAUUAUAAUUUGAAAUUCCUAUCAAUGACCUUACACAUGUAGGUGCUGCAAAUCAACACAGGAAACUGAACUGAAGAGACGGUCUUUGAAUUUAUGCUCGCAAAAUAUUCAUUGUUGACAAAAAUCCUAUGAAGAAAUUUUCAAAGCAGUCAAAUGAUUUAAUACAUGUUUAACUAGUAAUUUUAGACGAGAGGCGAGUAACAGGGAGUUUUUCUCUUGAAUCUUACAUAAAACACGUAGUGUUUGAUUAGAACAAUUCUUUUCAGGCUUCAUAGCGAAAUACUCUGCUUCACUGAAUAUGGUAUGUUGAAAAUUAGAAAAAAUAUUAAUAUAAAAUGUAUUUUAAACUGACACAAAUCCUAAAGAAUUGUUUUAUGAUGUUGCUUUCAACUAGAUUUUCUGGGGGGGGGGUUGAAGAAAAAAAAAUCACAGUUUAUAAGCUUCUUAAUGUUGUAUUUAAACCAAAGGAGGUACAAGAUUUUAUUAGAUACCUUCGGAUUCUUUUUGUCAGCAGAUGUCAUUGAGCUUGCAGAUCCCAGAUUCUUUCUUGUUGUACAGUUUGUGAUGGAAUUAUACGAAUGAAUUAAAUAUCCAGUAAACAAAUAUAAAACAGAA